AUGGUCGUUUCUCGAGGCAUUUCGAUGGCUACGAAACAGCUCUGUCGAUUCACAACGUCCUCGUUCCUUGCCCCAUUUUUAACACGCGCAUCGACACCAUGCCUAGCAACAGCUGCCCGGGCCUUUUCUUCUGCACCAGCCCUCUCUGCAGCAGGUGGUUCCCGGCCUCUAUCAGACAAGGAAAAGGCUGCAAGGGAGAAGAUCAAGCGGCGCAGGAAGAAGCAUAGAGCCUAUAAGCAAUACAACCUCAAAGAUAUGGAGCAGUUCACUUUGUGUGAAGCAAUGAGAUAUAUCAAAGCAUUUGAGGUCGGCCGCGAGCCGGACUCGCCAAAAUAUGAUAUUCACAUCAAACUGCGCACCAAGAAAGACGGCCCCGUGGUCCGCAACGCGAUCCGCCUCCCCUACCCCGUCAAGACGGACGUAAAAAUCGCGGUGAUCUGUCCGCCUGAUUCCACAGCAGCGCAACGAGCGCGUGAAGCCGGCGCCCAUUUAAUCGGUGAAGAGGAAGUGUUUGAACGGAUCAAGGCCGGCAAAAUCGACUUUGAUAGGUGCAUUGCUGUGCCCGAAUCCCUGCAGAAGAUGAACAAAGAGGGAAUACCAAGGAUCUUGGGACCGAGAGGUCUAAUGCCGAAUGUCAAGAUGGGCUCAGUGGUGUCGAACCCCGGGCCCGCUGUGAGGGAUAUGAUGGGUGGCAGUACCUAUAGAGAAAGGCAGGGCGUGGUAAGAAUGGCAGUUGGGAGAUUGAGCUUCACACCAGAGCAACUGAGGGAUAACGUGAAGGCAUAUGUCAACGCAGUAAAGAAAGAUGCGGCUGCGCUGAGUGACCAGAUUGUCAAGGAGAUUUACGAGGUGGUCUUGAGCUCCACCAAUUCUCCUGGCUUCUCUUUGAAUGGGGAAUUCUAUAAGCCGGCGCCGGGAGCUGCUACUCCCCAGCAGCUGGCAGUGGUCUGA